UGUAUCAUAAGCUAAAAAGUAUGACAGGUAACUACGCGCAAGACUUUUCAGCAUGCUAAAGGGUUUCCAGCUGGCCACUUAAUUUGACCAAAAUUUUAGUUAUUACCGGAAUUUACAGAAACGUGUCCAUUUUGGAGCUUCUGCAGGUGUUGAACAAAAAACUUGUACAGAGACAACGGUAGUAGGCUAAAUAAAUAUGUUCAUUACGUUUAGUCGAUCUUUUGGUGAAGAGAAGUUUCUGAGACGUUUUUUCGGAAUACAGCAAAGAGAAAAAUCAAGACCACGUGCACAAUCACUACCAUCAAUUAGGCUGCGUGUCAGGUGUUUUUGUUCAGUCGAAAUUAAGCCCACGACAGAACGUUUUAAUUUACAUGUUCGAAAUUUAAUUUCAAAAAAGAAGAAAAUUAACAAGAAAGUUAAGAAACUUUUCGAAAUACUUUGACAACAGUGAAAUUAUGUAUCAAUGCACUGAAAACGUCCACGAAAGGCUCAUCAGCAUACUCCUGCUGUGUGUCUUAUCUACCUUUGUACCAGACCCUGUUUUCUCUGAGAUGUUCAGGUCAGAGUGCCAAGAUCGCCAUUUCUCACUGUCUGUCAAAUCCAGCUUUCUUGGACAAGUGUUUCGAUUUGACAUUGAAGAUGGUAGCGGCAUGCACUCCCUGACCAGCCAGCAGGCCGCAGAGUGCGGUUACUCCAUGGUGUUGGACUCGCAAGGAGACCUGGUGCUUCGAGUGUCAUACCUCGCCUGCUAUGUGGAUCUUCACAAAGACAUGGAGUUCCGUCUGCUUGUGUGGUUUGUUAACAAGAAUGCCAACGACGAGGAGACCUCCUACCCUUUGGCUUUAACCUGCCCCCUUCAGCAGCACUGGAGCCCCCGUGAGAUUGUCUGUGAGGAGGACUACAUGGAGGUGUCUGUUGAGAAGCAGAUACUGCCUGAUUCUCAAAUGGGCCUGGAGGGGAUGACAUCAUCCUCUACAGGGUCAGAGGAGGAGGGGCUGAAGGAGGGGCGGGUGCUGUUCCGCAUGCCAGGCCAUGCCCAGGGGGAGGGGGACCUCCCCUCUAGGGAGAAGGCGCUAACAGUGGCUGAGGCAAACCUUCAAGGGUACCACAUCAGUGCCACCGAAAACCGAAUCCUGCUGCGCUGUGCCUACUCCUCUGUCUUAUCUUACACACUGCAGGAGAGGGGAGAUGAGGUGGAGGCUGUCAGUGCAACCAUAUUCUACAGCCAUCUCUGGACUCUUCACACGGUGGACAUCUCAGUGGCCUGUCCUAUAAAUCAAGCUGUCAUGGAUGAUGGGCAUGUUCUGUGGACUUUCCCAAAGAUCCUGCCCCCUCUAGUGCAUGCUGGGUACAGCGCUUGGAGCGCAAGCGUGGGGGUAGAGGGUCACCUUCUGAGUGACUGUGUCAUCCAGCGGAGAGGCUAUGAGAUCAGGCUACGGGACGGAAUCGUGGAGAUCAGGAUUCCAUUCGGAGCUGAGGGGGGGUACGUCAAGAGUCAUGUGGUUGAUGGACAGUACUUCCAGUCCUACUCCAUAGACCUGCUCUAUAUGCACCAGUGGGAGGACAGCCGCUGGGUUCUGACCCAACAUCGCUCCUUCAGGCCCCUGUGGACCCCGCCCAUUCCCUGGACCCCCAUGCUGCUCAAUAACACUGUUCCAUCAGAAAGGGUAUUUUCGGUUACCCUGGGUGCGUUUGCCCCUGAUGUUUCCUUGCAUAACAUCACUGUGGGGGGUGAGACAGUGUCCUGGGUAAAAGCCGAGCGGUUGGGACUCAAGGUCUCCCUCAUGUCCUUCCCAAACGGCACCCACGCCUACCAACUGGAGGCCCCGUUCUCCCACCCCCUCAUCUCCAAAAAGUAUGUAGGUGGGAGGUACCGAAGGUACAUGCUCGCAGUAACCUUCACUUUGCUCAUCUCACCACACGGAGACAUUUAUAAUCACCCUGCUGCUGUGGCGUGUGAUCUGCAAGAUGUUGUUUUUCCUAGGCUGGAGGGUAACUGCACAAACAGAGGUGUACAGAUCCUGGUGCAUCAUGGGAACCUGGACUCCCAGUGGGCAGUGUACCUUGGAGGUCACAAGCUGGACUGGGAGCUAGUGGAACAGGGCGGCUAUGUGCUGGAGACCCGGAAAGAUUACUACAGCCUAGAGCUGCCCCUCUACAGCAUAGGCAUGGUUUAUGAGGACCUUACGCUGCGUGGGCUGGUAGUCAGUGUGCAGGUGAAUCUCAUGGACAGGGAGACGGGGAGCGUGGAGAGCACCUUUGUCCAGCGCUGCUGCUUUCCCAUCAGAGAGCUUCUGGUGUGCCUGCCAGACAGGUGGAUGGUUCUGGUGGUUGACACAUCCCACAUCACCCUGCCUGUCGAACCCAGACACACCACCUUGCUGGACCCCAGCUGUGGGCCCAGAGAGACAGACCACACCAGGGUACUCUUCAGCUUCCCUCUGGACUCCUGUGGUACCAUCAGAACCCUUGAAGGGAAUCACGUGGUGUAUGUGAACGAAGUGAGAUACAGCCCAGCCCUGUACCCCACAGGGAACCCUCUCAUCCACCCUCACUACAGGCUUCCCGUUAGCUGCCGCUACCCGGUGAAUGAUGAACGCAGUCGGGCAGUCUACCAUCUCAGGCCGGCUGUCUCUGUGGCCCCCUCAUCCCACAGACGAACCGUCAGGUCCCGCAGAGAGGGGUCGCAGCGACGCCCUGCUAGCAGAGGAGAAGGCCAGGAAAGGUCUACCAGAAGGCCAGAUCUGCAAAAGAGAAGGCCUCCUGUCCUCGGAGGUGACCAUGGUGACACGCGGAGGUCCCGACUCCGCCCCUCAUGGGCCCUGGCUCCGCCCCGCCUGACGUCUGCGAUCCUCCGGAGAAUAAUAAACCUACCUCAAUUCACAAAUGUGCAUGUUUGUGCCUUCUCUGUUUGUCCGUAAUAAGCUCAAUGCGACAUCACUGUGGCCCCGCAGCACGA